GUCUUCUCCCCUGCGUCAAAGACGACGCAAGCCCUUGCCUCUCCCUACUCCAAACCCUCGCCGACUCAGAUCCAGCUUCCUCGCACCGCCGUCGCCAUGCCGUUCACUCCAGGCCCCUACUCUGGCGUCAGCACCCUCGCCCUUGUGGCGAGGGCGUCGGCCUUUGGCGUCGGUGUCGUCUACGGGAGCAUCAAGCUCUCAAUCCUAAAGGUAACAAAACCUAAAAAGGAGGAAGUGCAUGAUCAUCACUAAGGAUGACAGGGCUGCUACAUGUUAUAAAAUUGGCAGUGCACCCCUUCUCCAUACGUGCAAUUUCGUUUAUGAUUUGUGGACCUGUCUGUAACAUACCUGCUGUUUUUUUUGUGUUGUAAUAAAUUCUUAUACAAUGACAUGAAAUCAGGAAGUGGAAAAAGCAAUAUUAAUAAUUGCAAGUCGUUCGACAAAUCUUGAUUA